AAUUAAAUGAAAAUAACUGCCAUCUCUGACUGUACUAACAAUGAAUUGAUAUGGAUAUUAUUAAAGUAUACAUCGUCGAUAAAUGUAAUUUCUGCUACUGUCUGAGAAAACAUUGAAUAAGUUAAGAAUAGAAGUGUAAUGGAUAUUGCUAAUCCAACUCCACAAGAUCUUCAAAGAAAAUUGUAUUUUUUGGUUGAACAACUUCAGCAUAUGGCAGGAGAACUUCCACCGAAAUAUCAAAUGAGACUUCCUUAUGAAUUAUUGUCUGCUUUGGCAAAUUCCCUACUAAAUGAUACCAUCUUCGAAAUUGUCAAAGGUUUAAUGGAAAUACAGCAUGUUACGGAAAAACAUCUUUUUCAACAAAGACUGCAACUGCUAAAUCAACAGAAAAUUGAAGUUCAAGAAACAUUGUCAAACGUAAUAACGGAUGAGGAAAGAAUUGAAAUAAAAACUGCUCUAUAUAAAAAACACAAAGAAGAAUUAAAACAAACUGAUAUGAAACUAGUAUUACAAUUGGACCAAAAAGUAUCAGAUCAACAAAGUAUAUUAGAAAAAGCUGGUGUACCUGGGUUUUAUGUAACUAAUAAUCCUAUUGAAAUUCAAGUACAAAUGAGGUUAUGUGAUUUUAUAAUAAGGUUAAGUAAAAUGGAAGUACCUAGUUAAUUUCAAAUGUUAAAUAUUAUUAUUUUCUUAAAUAUAUUGAACUUAAAUCACUAACAUAUU